AUGUUGCAGACUCGGUACCUGGCCUCCUCAAACUUAGCUGGCAAUCCCCACUACUGGUCAGUAGACAUUGCUGAUGUCAAUGACUCAGAACAAGGCCGUUUCCUAUGUGAGGUUGUGUGCUUUUCAUAGAGGGAAAUCUCUUCGCACCGACCGGGAAGUGGGAGCGGUGAACUGUUGCUUCAAAUAAAAAAAUCAUAGCUGAAUUUAGUUUUUUUCAGGAUAGUCGCUUCCUUUUUAAAAGCCAGACAUACCUGACAAUGAGUUAUUCUAAUCAAUAAGUACAUUGAUGAUAAAGAGAUUGUACUGAAAAUCUGGGAGAUAAUUAUUUGUAUGGCUUUAAUGUACUGUAUUUUAAUAAAUGUAUAUAUAGAAAGUUUUAAUUCUAUCAAUGUUUAAUUGGUUUUUAAUUAUUUGCCCCCUAUGUUUCUAGCUGUUCUUAUUUUUAUCUGUAAGCUAUCUUGAGUCCCUGACAGGGGUGAAAAAUAGAUAACACUGAGUACUAGAUUAUUUAUCUGCAUGAUUAUUAUUCCUUCUUUGCUGCUUUGAGAGAUUUUGCCAUCCUAUAUAUAAUAGUCCAGUUGACAUUAUAUACAUACAUUAGCAUAUGCAUAUUUUACCCAAAUGUGUAGUUUGUCCUCUUUUCAUUACUAAUUUUUAUUUCAGCAAUUUGUAUCACAGUUUUCUCUGAGCGGUGUACGGGAGAUCCAAUACAACAAGACAAAAACGAGUUAAAACUUUAAAAUCAGAAUUCAGUGAAAAAGAAUCAUACAUUCUGCUGGAACGACCAGAAAAGCCUUCAGUAAGUGUGGGGAGUUAAGCAGGGAGCAGGGCCCUGUCUGACCUCCCUUGAAGACCUCACCAGUGGUGUAGCGUGGAGUGGGGCAGGAAGGUCAAGGCCCCAGGCCCAAAUUUAUGAGAUGGCACAAUGAGGUGCCCCCACGUCAUCUAGACUGGGGCCAUGGGGAGGCAAGCAGUGUCCAGGUGGGGCUUUGACAGCAUUGGCAGGAGCAACACCUUCUCAUGACCGAUGAAUGGAUGCCAGCAUGCGCCCUGCUGCUGGGCCAGCCAGGAGGGAGAGGGCACUGCCACUGCUGCCACCCGCCAAGAAAGGAGGGAGGAAAGCACCUGCAAGGACAGGAGGGUGAGGCGACACAACAGUGGUCCUGGAUUUGUGUUUCUCUGCCUUAUCUCUGCUAGGUUUGCAAGGAGACACUCCCUUGAUUAGACACUGGCCAGCGAAGGGACUGACUGUUCUCCAGUCCAAUACUUGUCCUGCCCUGCGCUCCGGCAACCCACGCUAUGCCCCGAACCUCAUUGAUUGAGUAGGGAUGUAAGGGUUAGGGUUAGGGUUUGAUAGCAAAACCACUCGGCAAAGUUCCUCGGCUAUCUGCUCACCCUAAAAUAAUGUUAACAUUUUGCAGUAGUUUAAUGAAAUCCAGUGAACCGCUUCUUAAACAACAGUGAAACACUGCCAGUUAAAAUUUCAUGCCAGUCAGGCUGGUUUACCCAGCUACUGUUUGAUAACAUUGGCACAGAUAAGCAUUGAGUGUUGCUGACUUCCUCUUUGCAUUCUUUAUUUGCUUCAGCUUUUGUAUUCUUUGCCGACCAUAUUACCAGUUAAAUCUCAGUCUCACUUUCCCAGCUACACUCAUCAUGCCUUUAUUACGUAGCUAGGUAUGUAAAGGGCCCAGAAAACACCACCCUUAAAGAUAACUCAGAGGGCAUCUUGCAGGUAGCCACGGAUUGUGUGCUUUGCAUCACUACCGUUCCCUAUCAAAGUAUUCCACGUAUUUUGUUGGUAUGGUUAGCAAGCAGCCUAAAAGCUACCCUGUGGCUCACAUUCCACCCACCUUUCAUAUCUCAGGUCUGUAUCAUUCCCCUCCACCCUGCAUGCCACAUUGGAAUUCCUGAAUGAGAUCCCAGAAACUGGACAUACCAAGGGCAGAAUUUCCUUAUAGUGGCCAAGUUGUUCUGAUGCUCAAUAUCUUUUAGACGUUGACCAAUUAGACUGUUUGCUUUAUUGGGGCCCAUAGUGAGUAGGUGUUGUCGGGAUAGGCCACAAGAGUGAGUUUUUUAGGGAGGACAGCGCUGCUGGAAGGCUGGAGGAGGUGGGCUGUGGCUGAAGGGCGGCUCCUCCAGUGGGGAAGAGGCAGAGGCUGGACGCGGUGCCUCCUGGCUCAGCUGGCUGCGGUGGCCACAGCAGACGGAGGCUCCAGGCACAGCGCUGCUUCAGCGCGGCAUGGCAGAGGCGGGCGAGGGUGGUGAGCCGAUGCCAGGAGGCGCCACGUCCAGCCUCUGCCUUUUCCCCGGUGCCCUCCAGAGCGUGGCGCCCCGGCGCCCCUAGCUUUAUGGGUAAGACGCCCCUGUAUACAGGGCCUUUUUUGAGAGGAAAGGUGGACAGCCAGUGACAACAAAGCCAAGGGAUUCCAAGGGCCGACUCUAGGCCCUAGUGGGUGCCUAGCAUUACUGACCGCUGAUGCCAGCCCUGCAGGUAGGAAGGUGCAGCUUACCCGGCAGGUUUAGGAAAAGCUGCAUGCAACAAAAUUCCAUCUUCCACACAACAGCUGUUAAUAUACUGCUUUCAUUCCAGAAUGGUUUCUAAAGAGUUUGCAAGCAUAAAAGCAAUUGCAGAAUCGAUACACAGCAAAACAACCUCACCAAAACAUUAAAUACAUUCAUAUUUAAAUUUUACAAUAAAACAAACCCGUAAAAACCAACACUUUAAAAAGUUGGCUCAGGAUGGUCAGGGGAAUGCUUGCGUAAACAGGUGCAUGUUCAAGAUACAAAAAUAAGCUAUCUCGGUGUUUCCAAAUACGGUAGUCUUCAAAAGGUAGAGAGAAUAUAUACUAGCUCUGCCUUACUUUGGGGCAGGUCACCCUACCUAUAAUGAUUUCUGAUCAUCUAAUGUACAUCUGAUAACUUUUCGUACACCUGAAGCAAAGUUUUCUGCCAGAAAGCAGGGGAAUUGUUUUACGCACAGGGAAAUUUGAGGCUAAAUCUAAUGAUGGCACUGCUGAAAUUUGAGACCCCCAAGUGUGCCAUUGCGCGAUAGCUCAAGGACUGUCUCUCCCCAUAUGAAAUGACCUGGACCCUGCAAUUAUCACCUGAGGCCCUUCUUUGAGUGCCUCCUGUGAGAGGUCCAGUGGGCAGCAACACGAGAAUGGGCCUUUUCUGUGGUGGCUCCCUUAUUUGUGGCAUGCUCUCUCCCCAGGGAGGCUUGCCUGGCGCAUUCAUUACAUACAGUGGUACCUCGGGUUACAGACGCUUCAGGUUACAGACUCCGCUAACCCAGAAAUAGUACCUCUGGUUAAUAACUUUGCUGCAGGAUGAGAACAGAAAUCGCACAGCGGCGGCAGCGGGAGGCCCCAUUAGCUAAAGUGGUACCUCAGGUUAAGAACAGUUUCAGGUUAAGACCGGACCUCCAGAACAAAUUAAGUUCUUAACCCGAGGUACCACUGUAUCUUUAGGUGCCAGGCGUAAACAUUUCCCUUUUUCCAGGCCUUUGGCUAAUUAAAUUAUCUUGUCCUUUUUAACUGUAUGUGGGGGGUAUUGCUUUUCUUUCUUCCUAUGGCAUGUAUUUUUAUGUUUUUUUAUUGUAAAGUGCCCUGUUAUCCUGGAUGACAGGUGGCACAGAUAAUGAAUUGAUUGAUGAUGAUAAUAAUAAUAUAUACAGCUUGGGACCAGGAUACCUGAAAGAUUGUCUCAUCCCUUAUAUUCCCCUUCAACCACUACGCUCUACAAGGUGAGGGCCUCCUGAAGAAACUAUCUUACUGGAAGGUCAAUUUUGCUUUUAGCUUUGAGGCAUCUGCCCUGCCCUGUGGAAUCUCCUCCCUACGUACAUCCGCUUGCUGCAGACCUUCCUCUUCCAACAAGCCUUUCCAACUGAGAAUCGUUCCCAGUCUGUGCCUGGGACCGUUUUAAUUUUAGUUUAAUAGUUUUAUCACUGUUGGAGAUGCAGUAGGGAUAAUGCUUCUCUAUUGAAAGAUUUUUGGCAGAAGAUAACUGAAACUAUCAACAGAACUGUGUGGAACAACCUUACAUUUACAGAGCAAAAUAUCCGCUUGAAUUACGUACAUACCCAGCACAUGGAACCUUACAAAAGGACAAUACAGGUGGACUCUCUCUGCCUUUACCACAGCAAAAAGACUGAUCCUGAUGAACUGGAAAAAUCAAAAUGUGGCUCCCUUUUAAUGAUUGGACUGAAGUCUUAUACAAACUCGCAACAUAUAAACAACUUGCAUACAAGCGCAGAGUUGCCAUGGGCAAAUUCAAUUACAGUGGUACCUCGGGUUAAGUACUUACUUCGUUCUGGAGGUCCGUACUUAACCUGAAACUGUUCUUAACCUGAAGCACCACUUUAGCUAAUGGGGCCUCUCGCUGCCGCCACGCCACUGGAGCACGAUUUCUGUUCUCAUCCUGAAGCAAAGUUCUUAACCAAGGUACUAUUUCUGGGUUAGCGGAGUCUGUAAGCUGAAGCGUAUGUAACCUGAAGCGUAUGUAACCCGAGGUACCACUGUAUAUUUGGAAUCCAUUCUUACAAAUACUGUGAUAGGUUAAGGUCUGGUGAAAUACAGUAACAACCUUGUAAAGUAUACAUUUUAGGGGUUUUUCCCCUUCCCCCUUUAUUUUCCUUUCUACAAGGGUUCUCUUUCUCCUUUUCUUUACGUCUCACUACGCGCAUAUUCAGUGCGCAUAUAAUUAUGUGCUUUUUGACCUUUCAGUACAGAAAUUUAAAUUUCUUGUUUUAUCACUUGUUUGUCGCCCUGGGCAACUUUGGGAAGGCUCUCUACACUUCACCAAUCCACAAAUAAAACGCACACCUCCUCCUCCGGGGGAAGCAAAUCCCACUAAGUCCAGAGGGUACAGGGAAACGACGGCACAUCCCCACCCCACCGAGAGAAAAGCAGGGGACUUUCUGGGGUGGGGGAGGUUGGCGGCAACAAGUGAAAAGCGCAAGGGAAAGUGCGCGCUCGCGCCCAGCUGGUUGCCUGCGGAGGCCCCAGAGUCCUUCCUUUCCUGUUGACUCCGACAGCGCCGCUUCUGGCUGAGCCCGGCCCCUUCCCCUGCCCCCCCCCCCCCCGCUCACACUUUCCCCCGUUUCCAUCACAUGACGGGCAGCUGGGAGGGGAGGGGGGAAAUGAGCCGAGUUCUGGAGAAGUGACGCGAGAGGCGGAUCCCGCCAGUAUAAGACGCCCCGCCGACGCGGCGCUCGGCUCACUGCUGCCAAGUUGGGAAGCGCGCGCUGCUGUUUGUUGGCUCGACGGCCCUUGGGGACGAGGAAGUCGUUGGACGGUAAGAGAAGCAACACCCCCUCCUACCCCGGAAAAAAACCCCCCAAUGCAAACGACGAGAAGUUUCUCUUUUACCUGAGGGAGUGGAGCCUUCGCUCUGCGGGCGGGAAGCGCUUUUACGCGGAGAGGGAGAAACGCGGACUUGUGAGGGGCCUGAGGUGGCGCCUCAGGGUUGCUCCAAAACGGCCUUCUGGGGGUCUUUCCAAAAGUUCGACAACUUUGGGCAGAACUAUUGAAGAAAUGCAGCUCAACAGCUUUGCCCCCAAACCGAAAAAAGCUCAGAAACUUUCCUGUCACUGUUGGGAAUAUGGCAACCCUCCCCUCCGGGUCUGGAGUUUCCUUCCUCCCCUCGCCACGCCUUGAAGGCUCUUGAAAUCUGGCUUUGCCUGGGGAGGAAGGGAAGGUUGGGGUGAGGUUGGGAGAGAGGAGCCUUCGACGAACCCAGAAGCUGUUGCGGAAACUGCGAAGUUUUUUGCGGCUAAGGGAAAGGGUGGGCUGCUGCGCACCGCCUAAAGCAAGGGGCACUUUCCUCUUCCCCUUCCCCUCGCCAUAACGACGAGUAUAGAGUUGGCCUUGUGUGUGUACUGCUGUUCAGGUUGCCACGUGACUGGCUGAGGGGGAGAAGAACGGGGCGGACUCCGGGGGGUGGGGGGUGGGCAGCUGCCCCCACCUAAAUCAAGUAAAAUAAAAAUAAAAAUACUUAACUAAAAGUAGAAGGGGAAUUUUUAAUGUCUGGUGUUUUAUCGUGUUUUUAAUGCUCUUGUUGGGAGCCGCUCUGAGUCCCUGGGGAAACCAAGCCCGAUGGGUGGGGUAUAAAUAAUAAAAUUAUUAUUAUUAUGGAAAUUGUAGAAAGAUUUUUGACGGGUUUUUCUGAGCGCAUGGGGUCAGAAGAAAGUAGUUUUAGCUUUCGAAUCUGCUAGGCAAAGGUUGAUGACAAGUGGGUGUCCUGCCUCCCCCCCCCCAAAAAAAAUCCUGGCUACCUGCCUCCCCCCCAAAAAAAUCCUGGCUACGCCCAUGGGGUGGAGGGAACUGGGGCAGAGAAAGAAGGAAGGCCGGGCACAGUCCUGUUUCCUUUUAACAGUCUAUUUCUAGGCUGAUGCACUUGUGAAGGACUUUCCCUCCCUGGAGGGAGUUGUGUUUACAAUGACGGAUCAUAUCCGCUUUCUUCUCCCACGCACCCCUUUCAAGGCUGACUCCUCCAAGCUUCCUGCUUUUCUCUGCCCCCCCCAACUUCCCUUGUGUUUAUAAUCCCCACCUCCUCCUCUCUGAUAUGUACCUUCUGUGCCGGUUAUGCUGCCUAAGUCUGUUGGUUCUGACUUUUUUUUUAACUUUGCAGGGACAGAUACGCAAAAUGGGGGUCGACGGUGGUAUGAAAUGUGUUAAAUUCCUGGUUUUUUUCUUCAACUUCAUUUUCUGGGUAAGUUGAUUUGGAGGGCCUUGGUGCUUGAAACGGCGAGGAGUAGCAGUUACUACUUGCCUACUUAAGAAAAAGAACUCCUCAAAACUGGGGGGAAGGCGGUGUUCGUACAACAAAAUUUAUGUAUCUUGACUGCUGGUAUUUUCUAUUUGGCAGAGAAGCUGGAUAACGGGCUUAUAGAGCCUUCACAUGACUAUUUUAAAUUCUGUUCAUUUUGUUUUAACUUUUUUUAACGGCUUGACUAUACUCCUUGUAGGGGCUACUUGUUGCCAAAAAUCUCUGGCUUCUGUAAACACUAGCAAACUUUCCUUCCAAGUUCUGCCGGACUUGAGAGGUAGUGUGUUUUGAAGAGUCUGACUUGGCUUCCUUGGUCUGUGUUACAUUUUUAUCGGGCUUUCCUGUAAAUGAUAUAAUCUGAGGCAUAUCUGAAUUACAUGGUUUGGUCUUCUCAAACCAGUAGCUUCCCUGGCUUCCUCGCAAAGACCCUGGGAGUUUAGCUUUAGAGAUGCUGAUAAUCUUUCUAAAGAAACAGCUGGGGGCUUCACGGAGCUUUAGUCUCCCUCCCCCCCCCAAUCUCACGUCUCCAGGAUGGUUUGGGAGUCUGAUAGACAAAACUGAUGUUCCUAUUGAUUGAGAAAAUAGUAGUGAUCUUUAUGUGUUACUCAGGUCUACAGGCACUCAUGGUUUCGAGCAAGUAGCUUGCUUCCACACAACUGGAACACCCAGUGAUUUGGCAAACCUAACUCGCAUCAGCUGUUUGCAGUACUAGGGACUCCCUUUCAGACAACUGUGUUCCAUGUAUGUUAAAGAGCAGAGCUAGUAUGUGCAAGAAAUGUGUGAACAAGGCUAAUAUAAGUAUUGAAUGUGAAUGUUCAAGAUUGUUUAAUCCUCCUCCCCGCUUGGGAAUAGGAAGUCUGUAAAUCACUGUCCAGAAAUGCUCCUAUUUGUCCUGUGAGGGUGCAUCCAGCCAUUGGCUCCAUGACCCUGGGAUGUUUUGCAUGCAGGUUGGUGAUUGCCUAGUAGCAAAUGCAGUUAAUGCCAACGGGCAGUUCAAUAAACAAGUACAUUGGUUAUCUGGCACUUUCUAGGAGGCAAAAGGGCUAAUGGGUUCUUGUCAUUCAUAGAAUCAUAGUGUUGGAAGGGACCCAAGGGUCAUCUAGUCCAACUCCCUGUAAAAAAAGUAUAUGGAAUGCAAGGUAUGCAGCAUGUGGUGUGUAUUAGAAAAUAAAGAACAAACUUUCUCUAAGGAUCAGUUCAGUCCUACUGCCUCUUAAACAGAGAUGUCAGCUCCUGAGGGCCGAGCCCUUUGGGGACCCCUAAAUAGUUUUGAGGUAGGGCCCCUCAAUGUCCAAAAAGGGCAGUGUGGCUCCUCCUCCUCCUGCCACGGAAGAGGAGAGUCGAAGCAGCCUCCCACUGGUGUUGGUACCAGCAGGAGCCGUCCACUUGCCGCAUUUGGCUUCGCCCCAGCUCCUCCUGAAGUCAUGACAUAGAUGCCACGCGUGGUAUCACACACUCAACAUUGCUCCCCCUCCCAAUCACCCUCAGAAGCUGAUGGGGUACAAAUAAAUUAUUAUUAUUAUUAUUAUUAUUAUUAUCUCUGCUCUUAGAGCUGUGUUGGUGAAGGACUUUGCUUGUACCACGCCAGCUGUCAUGGUGGUCUAGGACUAGUGGGGACUGACAUAUCUACAUAUAGUGAACAGCAGCUUCUGGUGGUGGAACAAAGCAGACAGGGUUCCUUUGCAAUGCUUUCUGUACUCUGGAAGGUGAGGUCAGGGUCUUAAUGCACUUUUAAUGAUGCAGGAUGAAUCACCCACCCACAUGAAAUUUGUGGAAACGGCCUUCCUGUUGCUCAGCAGCAGUGCCCAGCUCAUCUCACUGCUCCUUACAGACACCAGUUAUUGCUCAGUCUCUGAUGAAAUUCCUGUGUUGCAUGGAGCCAGGGGUAGUCGGCUUGCUGCCUUCCAUAUAAUUCCCACUUCUCAUCAGCCCCAGCCAUUAUGACCAAUGGUCAGGUCUAUUGAAUUUAUAAACUGCUUCUCACAACAGAAUGCCCCAAUGCAGUUUAGAAGAAUAAUUUACUUGGGAUAAAAUGAAGUGACAAAAGGAGCUGUAGUCCAUCAGCAUCUGGAGGGAACCACAUUAACUAUCCCUGCCAUCAAUUUAGUAUGGGAGCCAGGAGAGAGGAUAAACCUAAAAACAGAGGAUGGAAGACUUCCAAUGGAAUUGGAAGAGGCUUGGCUUGGGUGUCAGGAAUCAUGGACAGAAUUUUUAGUGAUCCCCUGUGAUGGGUUCAGCAUUCAAGGGAAAUAUUUUUCUCCUCUUUCUCUUGAUUGUUUCUCCCUUGUCACUGGAACAGCCUUUCUCAACCUUGGGUCCCCAGAUGUUGUUGGACUGCAACUCCCAUCAUCCCUAGCUAGCAGGACCAGUGGUUAGGAAUGAUGGGAGUUGUAGUUCAACAACAUCUGGGGAACCAAGGUUGAGAGAGGCUUCAGAAUGGCAGGUGUGGCAAGUGUAGGAGUGUCCGCUGAAUGGAUGAGUGGGGUGAAAAGAGUGAGAAUGGAGGAGAUGAUUUGCAGCAGGAGUGGGAAACUGUGGUUCCUUCAGGUGUUGCUGGGCUAUGGGAAGAGUUCAGCAUCUCACUUAGAUUAUUGUUCCAUCAAGGUAAGUAUUUUGGUUUGCUUGAUGGAAAACACACACACAGCCCUCUCCUCUCUCUCUGAACUGUUCCAGGGGCUUUCCCAAACGGCCCACCCUGAGCCAAUUUUGGGAGCUGCAUAAGGGGAGGAGGAGAAGCCAAAUUGCAAAAGAGAUUCGUUGGUUGAAUCCUGCCUUCUAACUCCCAUUCUGCUUAACAUUGGCCAUGGCGGAUGAGGCUGACGAGAGUUGGAUCACACCUGGAGGACCACUGGCUUUCCAUCCCUGGUUUAGAAUCAUGAUAAGCAGUUAUUUCUGGCGGGUGGCCAAUUUUAAGAAUUAUUUGGUUGGGGUGGCAAGGCAAGAACAAUUUCAGUUUCAAUCUCUUAAGUUCUGUAGCUAUGAUGCAAACUGAAGCCUAAGAUUUCUGGCAUCUUGACCUGAUCUCUAGUGGUGUCUGUCUGUCUGUCUGUGUGUCACAUGAUAUCAUAUCACAUGAAUAUAGCUAAACUGAAGGAUGCAUUCACCCAGCUAUAUUUGCCUACUUAACUUGCCUACGUCGAUUGACAAAGAAAAUGUCCACAAAGUAGUCAAGUCUUAUUGCAUAGGAUCCUCACCUCUUUCUCUUUUGCUUCUGGGCAGCAACUGGGCAUGGGCGUGGGCACAGCUGCCACCCACUGAAGGGAUUGAAUUGACUCAAAGGGCUCCCAUUGUUACUCCCUCUAAACCUGGGAUCUUUUGGGAUUAUUCAGUAAGCAAGAAUGUUUUACAUCUGUCUUGUUACACAGAGGUAAAACGUUCCUUGCCAGGUGCAUCCUGUUGCUGCUAUCAAGCUAAUCACAUUAAUAUCUGUAGUCAAAACAGCAACCCUGAUGGGGUGUUAUUAUGCUGGGAAGAGGAGAACCAACUUUUUAAAAGUCACAUGGCUUUAGUGUUGGAAAAAGAUUGACUAGCUGUGCUCACAUUUUCACCUUUCUUUGUGUCACGCUGACCAGGUUCACACAUGCUAAGGUGAACCAUGACUUGGCAUGAACAUGCAAGUCUGUGGGCUUUGGGAGGUUAUGCUGGAGGUACGUUGCUCCGCUGUCUUUUUGCUGCUGUGUCACAAUGAGCUUAAGCCAUGGUUUGGCUUAGCAUCUUGCCUGGGCUUGUGGUUUAGCUCACCUCAGAAACCAUGAGCUGUAACCUAUUGUUACAACUCGCGGUUAGUCUGGAGAGCACUUAAGUCAUGAACCUGAGUUCAGACAACACAUUAAUUCGAACCACAGCUUAGCUUAGUGUGGUACAGCAGCAAAAUUUUGACUUGGGCAGAAGUGAAGCAGCUACAGUCUCCUCUGUAGGUGCCCAUGCAUCUGAGUUCAGUUGUGGUUUGGCUAAGUGUGACGUGCAAACCAAGCCAGUGUUUGUUUUGCCAGUCAUAAAGAUGGGCGAGUUAGCAACAUGUUUGAUUUCCCUGUUAAAGUGAUCAGAAUGGUAAAUACAGCCUCUGCGAAUGGAGAAGGGGUGGUGGUUACAUGUAACUCUACUGAAGAUAAAGGAUCUAGAAUCCAAGCUCCAUCCUGGACCCUAGAAUCUGAAAUGAUUUCUUCAGUUGUUCCUAGUAUACACACCAAAACUUGAAUUUCAAAAACCCCACUAAUUCUAAGUUCUAAAUGCGUGUUUCCAUUAGUCUCAGGCAGUUUAUCUUGUGGCUCAUCUUUUCCACCAAGUUUUUCAGACUCGGAAUCGCAUGCUUUGAAAUCUAUAAAGUAUACAUACAAACUCCAAACUCAUAUUAUAUUUUAGGUCUUUCAAAAUGUUAUGUGAUUAGUAUUCGUUAGGAUCCCAGUGUUCAACUAGAGCUGAAAGAACUGAGCUUUUCUCAAGUUUUCUGUUUUGCAUGUAGAAACCAUACGAAAAUAUGGUUGCUGUUGCCUGUUUGAACGUACCAAAUAAAAAAGUGUGUCGGCUUGCUAUUGUUAGGAUGCCACUUGGUGCGAUCAGUGUUAUGAUACAAGCCAGGAAGUGGCAGAAACUGUGGCUUCACCCCUGCUUGGGUAAUGGAACAGCAGUGUGAAGCAUUUCCUGGGUUCAGAGGGGGGACCUUUUGUAUGUGCUCUUUUUAUAGGCACCUCUUUCAUAUUUGGCCUAGUUGCUGCUGUGCCUUAAGUACCAAAGCAGUCAAGAUUGUUUUAUACAUGCCUCCUCUCUUCAAUGGCAGAAGUGUACCUAUGAUAGCCAGCUCCACUAGAGUCCUGGGGAACCUUAAGGAUUAACCACCUCAUUGUGUCUUGAUGUUUUGUUCGGUGGAGCCUUAUUUGCCACACCCAGAAGUCUUAUCCUCAGGCUAUUUAUUUUGUUAAGCAAUCUCAUUUCUAUCCCUUCAAGAAGCUCAGGCAAUGUCCGUGGUUCUCCCUUCGUUUUACCCUGUUAGUCAUUCAUUCAUCCCAUACUUUAAAGUGCAUUUCAACGUCACUUUCCAAAUUGCAAAAUGUCUGGGUUUUUUUAUUAAAGUAUAUUUGUUGCACUAGGGCAACAGAGCACUUUAAUGUGCCAACAUGCACUUCAAUCCCUCUCACAAAGCAGUGAAAGUCUGGAGGGACCCUAUAUAUUUAAGUUUAUUCAUCUCGCCUUACCAAUUCUUCACCAAUGAAAAGUGGGCCACUCACACCCACCUUGAUUGGGUCUCAUUUACACCUGUCUCUGUACACCUGAUCUCUGAAUUGCUGGUCUUUGUGCCCUAAUUUUUGUAAACAUUUCUUCCUCUGUAUGUGAGUGAGAGAGAUGAAUAUACCUCACCAGUUCAGGACAACUCUUCAUGUAUCCGGCAUAGUUAGGCUGCAAACCACAAAAGCUUAUUUAAAGAUGCCACAAGACCUUGCUUUCUUCCAAUUACCAAUGUGAGAAAUGGAGGGAACUGACUUGGCACUGCUUGUGAAAACACCCCCAUGUUAUAAAAACAAUUAUGCUUGGAGUUACCAUAUGGUUCAGGAAGGAUGAGGUGGGGAAAUGUGUGUUUGGACUAGGACUACUUGCAGAAAUUGGCUUAGACUGGGGUUUUUUGUUGCUGGUGUUGUUGGCCUACAGUGCGCUUAGCUGCCUUUCGCGUUUCCACUUCCUGUGCCUUGGGAAAGCAUGCUAUCCCCAGAAAACAUUAACCCGAGUCGGCAUAUGAUCAUUGGAGUUGAUGGGAUGGUUUGCUUUGGUCUAAUGUAAACAGCAGCCAGAUGUCCCUUGGAUCUGCUGGAAGAGACUUAUGAAGGAACAAAGAUAUUAGCCUGGAGGGUGUGUCUUGGGGGCAGAAAGCCAGUAAUUCCUGCUUUCUGUGGUGACUGCUGCUCCAGAAAAGGUUUCCAGCAUAAAAUGCCCUAUUGUUGAGUCCAGGCGACAUCUUCCUUCUGUAACAUGAACAGGAAACGGUGUGACAGAAGAGAUAGCAACUAAUGAGACUGCUUAGUCUUAGCGUAACCCUUCCUGAUUUUGUGAACAAUUGCUGUACUGCCUGCACUGUGGCCUGUUUACCGCAGCACUUUGGGUGGGAUUUGGCACAGGAAUCACGUGGAGGUUAUACAGAACAGCCCAGGUGCAGAGAGCAAGUGAAGUCGGAGGAGGGAUUUCUGGAGACACCCUAAAGCUUAUUCUUGCACGCAGAAACUCACUAAAAGCUUUUGAACCAUGUGCACCCCUCACGCCUGUUGCAAUGAGGCAAAUAAUAAAAACCAUUUUCUUUUGACACUGGCUGUUUGUCUCCAGGAAGGAAAGGGGGAAAUUGCAUGUGUGGCUGAACCACUCCUGCAAGACAAACGGACAUCGCCCUGUUUUUAGUGCCUCCCAACAGUUUCUGCGUUCUCUGGUGCUCUUUUGUGAACACCCCUCCAUCCAUCCAUCCAUCCACAUACAUACCCACCUCAGAUCAGAGUUAGCCGAUUUCCCCCUCAUAUUGAGCCAGUGGGAAUAUCCACAACUUGCCACCAGAGUUUUCCCCUGGCGAGUGAUGGUGGUCAUGGAUCUAUGCUGAUCUGCCUGCAAGUUCAAAGCUUGCUGUGGGUAAUCUGGAAACUGGGCUUGGGCCUCUUUGCCUUAGGUGGAUCCACCCUGCUGUGAUAGGGCAAGGUAAAUAUCAGCUCCAGGAAAUGCAGCACCUAUUUGGGAACUGGGUGGGAAUUUGACCCUACAGCUGUGCUGACUCAGUCCUGAGCUGGGUGCCUUCAUCUGAUCUUGCUUAUAAUGGUCUCUGUUUACUCUGACUCUCUUGGUACCUCUCCCUGAUAAAUAACUGCCCCGUUAAGACUAUCUUGCUACAGUUGUCAUUCUUCUGUUUUGGUCUCUUUCUCAUAUAUGUGACCUGCUGCCAAAUCUACAGUAACUUGUGGGUGGCAAUUUGAUGCUACUGCACAUGGUAUCAGUGCCAAAGUGCCAUGAAUUAACGUACCCUGCCAUUUUUAAACUGAUAUAUUUUAUUGAAUGUUCAUAAAGUUUCACAUAAACAUUCCAAUACAUAAUAGGUUAUUAUUGUAUAACAAUAAUACAAUAAUAUCCAAUUCCUUCUGUUGCUCAUAGUUCACGUCCUGCUCACAAAUUCAACAUGCUAGAAUAUUUCUUUACAUUAUCCAAAAAAGGCUUCUGUUCUUCCAUAAAACAAUUCCCCAUAGUCCAUCACUUUACCUAUCCAUUCUUAUUUGGUGGGAAAUUCUCCCAUCUUUCCAUUUUUAUGCAUAAAGAAUCCUAGCUGCUGUCAUUACAUACAUAAACAACUUAAUCGUUUUUUAUUGAACUUCUCUCCCUAUAAUCCCUACCCUGCCUUUUUUUAAACAAACAAACAGCAGCUUUGGUUUGCUCUGGACUGUUAAUUAUGGUGACCCUAUUAUCAUAACUGCACUUUGCUAGUAUAUCUUUCAAGUAAAAGAGCAAGCAAGCAGGGCAUGUUUAAAAAGCAUGUGACUAGGCCCAAACUGCAUCCAGUUGCAACAUACCAAUGUGCUCCUUCCCUUCUCAUUCCUCCAUAUUCACAGACCCUGAGAGUAAAUGUUACUUAAUGAGUUAUCUUUUUUGAAAGAAAGAAAGCAAAAUGGCUUGGUCAUGAAAGCCACAAGGACAGGAUAUUGCAGAAUAAGCGUACACAGCAUCUGGGGUGGAGAAGCCUUUUAUAAUCAGCCUGUUUGGAUUAGGGAAAAGCAGGCUGUGAGCCUUGUUGUGGAAAUGGAGGUGUUUUUAAGAACACAAAUGUGUCACUUUUACCUGUGAAUGUUGGGAAGGUAUGCCUUCGAUAGUAUUAAAACUCUAGGACAGGCUUCCUCAACCUCGGCCCUCCAGAUGUUUUGAGACUACAAUUCCCACCAUCCCUGACCACUGGUCCUGCUAGCUGAGGAUCAUGGGAGUUGUAGGCCAAAAAACAUCUGGAGGGCCGAGGCUGAGGAAGCCUGCUCUAGGAGCUGAAUUCAUCCCUAUUCCAGAUCCCUAUUCAGUAUUAAGGGCCUACACGCUUAGAACCAUGUGAGGCAGAGAUAGGAAACUUGUAAUGCCCUCCAGAUGUUACACUCCACCUGUGAUCACUGGCCAUGCUGGCUGGGACUGAUGGGUAUCGGAGUCCAACAACAUCUGGAGGGCUGCAGGUUCCCCAUCUCUGAUGUAAGGGGAGAGCAGUGCAGAGGCAUCUUUGCCUAUCCCCAUCCCCUUCUGUCAUAGUCCCAGGAGCCUGGACCUGCAACCCCCCACCCCCAUGCCUUUGAGCCCAUUUAUGUGCUGGGGGAGACCUGCUCUUACUUGGCUCCCUGCUAAGUUUAGAACUUCAGACACACAGGCUUCUAAACUGUGUGGGGAGCAGAGAACGGCAAGCUCCCUGCUGAAGACCUUCAGCCUCUGAAUACAUGGUAGAUGGUGGGACAAGACAAUGAGGAUGCGAUAUGAGUCCUUUAACACCUGAUAGCACUUUCCACUCCUUCUAAUUCAGAUGCCUUAUUGCUGGCAGAAGCACUUGGUGGAACCUGCAUUUAAACAUGGAUGCAGCAGGGUUUGAAAUUAGCAGGGCGCCAGGCAAAUUUUGCGCCUAAGGUUUCUCCAUUUGCGAACGCUGUGGGUUAACCACAGGGCCUAGGACUUGCCAAACAGAAGGUCGGUGGUUCAAAUCCCUACGACGGAGUGAGCUCCCGUUGCUCGGUCCCUGCUUCUGCCAACCUAGCAGUUCGAAAGCACAUCAAAGUGCAAGUAGAUAAAUAGGUACUGCUCCAGCGGGAAGGUAAACGGUAUUUCCGUGUGCUGCUCUGGCUCGCCAGAAGCGGCUUAGCCAUGCUGGCCACAUGACCCGGAAGCUGUAUGCUGGCUCCCUCGGCCAAUAAAGCAAGAUGAGCGCCGCAACCCCAGAGUUGGUCACGACUGGACCUAAUGGUCAGGGGUCCCUUUACCUUUACCUGAAAAAAGUGGCUGCCAUUUUUUGUGCCUGGCACACUCAAGGAUUACUGAAAUGUAUGUGCUUUGAACCCUCACAGUGUAUGUUAAGGAUAGGCAAUAUGUUAAGGAGUUUAACAACAAACAGUAGAGUGUUUUGAAUACUGAAGUAUGGUAUUUAUUUAUUUUUAUUUUUUGCAGACAGCAAAUUAAACAGUAUUAACAGUUUUAACAAUGUAUGUUAAAAAUGUCAUAUUAACAACGUGUCACUUAUAUGAAUUGCAUAUUGGUUCAGGAUUAUCAAAAUAAAAUGUUGCCGACCCCGCUCCCCAAAAUGGUGACUAGACAAUCUGUUUUGGCGCCCACAACCCAGGUCCCAGGAGCCAUUUGGCUCCUAGCUUUUCUACCCUGGUUUCUAACACUGCAUGGAUGGUGUAUUUGAGCCCAGCUUUAGUUGUUAACAGGCUGUUACCCCCUUGUUGCUUAUUACGAAGCUUUGCUGAAGUAUUGUCUUGACAUCUUCCUUUUUAUUUGAAACCACGAUGCACACCUUAAGGUCAAAUCAGUGGUGAUUUCACACUGCAGAGUAGCUGGCAGUGCAAAUUUUACUUCAGAAUGAAAAGCAAAUGUUAACUCUGUUCUAGUGUCUUGUAGUAAACAAUACCUGUAAAGUUUUUUGUACUUUGAUUUCAUUAUAUGUGUUGGAAGCCGCCCAGAGUUAUAUAUUAUUUAUAAUAUAUAAAUAAAAUAAACAGAAUAAAUAAUAAAAUUAUUAUUAUUAGUUAUUAUCCCCACCCCCCUUUUGGUGCAAUUGUGAAUCUUGAUGCAAUAUUCUGCCCGACUCCAGUGGUGCAGUUCUUCUGUUGGUUAUGCAUGGACAAUUCCGCCACUAAUGGUUGGUUUCUCUUCCACACAGCUCUGCGGCAUUGCUCUGAUCGCCUUGGGCAUUUAUGUACAGAUUGAACUCAAACACACCCUGGUGAUGACCAGCGCCUCUGCUUCAGGCCCUCCCAUUGUCAUCCUGGCUGUUGGAGUUAUAGUCUUCUUCAUCUCCUUCUUUGGCUGCUGCGGAGCGUUAAAGGAGAACUACUGCAUGGUCACCACGGUGAGGAGAAUGAAGGGGAGCUAGGCAUUGGAAUCGCAGGGUGGGAAGCUGAACUCUUAGAUCUGACUGGCUGGAGGGAGCUAAUAUAGCUUAGUAGUCGGGACUGCAGCCUCUAAAGUUCCAUCUAAUCCAGGCAUCUGAGCCUUUGGCACCCCACCCUUUCUAGAGCUUGAGAAACUGAAGGCAGUAAGGAUAGCGAAUAAACCAGGCAUAGGCAACCUUCGGCCCUCCAGAUGUUUUGGACUACAAUUCCCAUCAUCCCUGACCACUGGUCUUGCUAGCUAGGGAUCAUGGGAGUUGUAGGCCAAAACAUCUGGAGGGCCGAAGGUUGCCUAUGCCUGGAAUAAGCCGUGCUUGCCAAGUACAUAAGUUACACUUCGUUUUACUGCUGAUCUGACCUGUGUUGUUAACCUUGCCCUGCUACAGGUCUCAAAACCAUCUUGCCCAGGGGUAGUCAAUAUGUUGCUCUCCAUAUGUUGUGCUACGGCUGCCACCAGCAUAACGGUUUCAUAAUUUUUGAACACGAAACAUGGGUUGUGUGUGCGUGUGUACACACUAUGCAAAAAUCACAAAGCAGGAAAAACAAUGAAGCCAGCCAAUGUCUCUACAUACUUCAUCCUUAUUUAAGACAUUGUGAUACUUCAAUAUAUUGCAAUGUUUAGCUGUCGCUCAGACCUAGCCUCAGUUAGCAUGGCCAAUGGGUGAUCAGGGACAUUGGGAGUUGGGGGGCACCACAUUGGCAACUACUGUUCUAGCUUGUUGUCAUUGUUUCCCAUUUUGAAUAUUGGGAGUCAGGAUGGGGCAAAUCACUGGCUUCACAGAACAGAUUUGAUAGGCUUUGAAUAAGAAUGGGUUCUGUCUCCUCUGGCUGGCUAGGCCACUGCAGACAACAGGGCGGGAGAGUUAUUUAGGCAAAGCUCUCCUUUUCAGAGGUAGGGCUGCUUCUUAAGUGGACACAGUCUUUGCUGUCAGAAGGUGAGAUUCAUAUGAAUAAGGGUGAAGGCCCAAAAUGAAGGGUGGCAGUGAGGCUGGGAUCAACAAGCACUCCAUAGAUAUUAUUAACAAUUGCAUUUCCUUCAAUAGUUCGCUGUGUUGCUGACACUGAUCUUCCUGGUGGAGAUUGCAGCUGCCAUUGCUGGCUACAUCCACAAAGAUGAUGUAAGAGAUGCCUCUGGGUCCCAUGGUUGUGGGUAAAGGGUGGUUCUGCUGUUAUCUCCAGAUGUUUGCUGCAACCCCCUGGAGCAGUGGUAGCCAACAUGGGGGUCUCCAGAGGUUUUUUUCUUCCAUAUUUGUUACUGAUUUCAGAGGUUUUACAAAUUUACUUAAAUUUCAAUAUGUUUUACUUAGAAUUUUGACUUUUUAAAUUUUUUAUUCAAUUUUCUGUUUUACAAUUUAGGAUAUUCAUUUAGACAACUUUAAAAUAUCAGUAACUUCCCUUCUCUUUUCAUGGUUCAUUUUGCAUAGCAUAAACCCCUGCCUGUUUUAUAUAAACUAAACCAUUCAGUAUUUCAUUUUCACUUCCAUCAGAACUUAUUUACACUGUUGAAUUUAUCUUAACGUUGCCAGCGUUUUCAAGUGUACACAAUUUCCCCCAUAUAUUCAAUAAACAUUUUCCAAUCUUCUUUAAAUGUAUUUUCUUCUCGUUCUCUUAUUCUAUAUGUUAGAUCCGCAAGCUGCGCAUAUACCAUCAGUUUAAGUUGCCAUUCUUCUUUGGUUGGGACCUCGCUCGUUUUCCAUUUUUGGGCUAACAAAACACAGGCCGCUGUAGUGGCAUACAUAAAUAACAUUUUCUUAAAAUAAAAUUUACUUCCCACCCUUACCUCCAUGAUGUUUUUAUUCCCACCCUUUAUCUACUGCUUUAUAUAACAUAUUUUUAUCUGAUACAAUUAUCCUCAAUUUCACUUAUCAUUGUUUUCUUUCCGCUGCUUGUAAUUCAAACCCUGCCCACUUUUUUUUAACUAGAAUAACUUGUUAAAAUAAAGUUUCUUUAGUCACAUGCAGACACUUGUUAUCAAGAUUCAGUCAUCAUAGUUCAAGUGUCAGACAAUUAAACAAAUCACUUCUUCCAAACAUGGCACAAGAAGUUGACCCCAUCAAAGCAGACCACAAAAUUUAAGUGUUUGUUUGGAUGAUGUUCUUCCAUACAUGUUGAGCUUCUUCAGGUAGCAGUCUUAUUGAGUGAAAUAAUAGACGCAUUAUUCUUGUACGUGUGUGUUUUCUCAAUGUCUGUGAAAUGUCAGAUUUGAUCCAAAGGCUUCCUCUUGCUUCCAUUUGCUCCUGGCGGGCUUACGCCAGGUCCAGCUUCUUCUGCGUGACCGCCAGCUGGUCCUGCAGCCGCUUCUUCUGCCAGUCGAGGUAGCGCCUCCGCGCCCUGUUUGCCUGCCAACCCACCAGCAGCCCCGAAGCGAAGGCCAGCAGCACCCCCACCUUCACAGAGCACUCUGAGCGCAGCUCUGAGCUCAGCGCCAUGUCCCCCCCCCCCCGCCCACGUUUUAAUUUGACUGUAGCAGUUCUUCAGAGGGUCUCCACUCUUCCAUAAACAGUUUGUCACUUUGAUCUGCUAUUUCACAAUUUCCACAUAGUCCAUUAAACUUUUGAAGUCAUUCCUCUUUGGUUAGUACCUCUCCUCCUUUCCAUUUCUGCGUGUACAGGAUUCUGGCUGCUGCUGCUGUUGCAUGCAUGAAUAGUUGAACCAUCCUUUUUGGGACCUCCAUCCCUAUUAUCCUUUGGUAGGAAAGCUUCGGAGCUUUUGGGAAUAACCAACAUGAAUUUUUUUCUUCAAUUCAUUAUGUAUCAUUUCCCAAAAGUCUUUAGCGUUUUAUACAUGUCCACUACAUAGGAUAAAAUGACCCUUCAGCAUGUUUGCAUUCCCAACAUUUAUUUGACACAUUCUUACACAUCUUAGCCAGUUUGUUUGGUCAGCAGGUGACUUUUAGCUAGAACAUCCCUCGCUUCUGCCAUUGGCUCUCCUGGAUGAGGUUGAUGAGAGUUGAGAGUCCCAGCAACAAAUAGAAGUUGUAUGUUGGCCACACCUGCCCUAGAGAGAGAUAGGCAAAGGGAAUAUCUAAAGAGAAACACUUUUCUUUUUAAUCACUGGAUUGACCCUGAGGUUGAAGACCAUCACUAGAGAAUUCAUCCAGAAGUUCCUCAUGUUCUCACAAGAGGAGGAACUUCCUCAGGCACGCUUAAUUUACCCAUGUUUUUGGUCUUGGCUAAAUCUUAAGGAGGCUUAGUCACCCUCAUCAGAUGUCCUAAAUUUAAUUCUUCCCUUUCCUUUUCUGCUUGCUUCCUCUUCCAGAUCAAAACGGUGAUUGACAAAGAAAUCAGGGCAGAAAUAGCAGUCUACAAAAAUAAUCAAGAAGUUAAGAAUAUGUUGGAUGACAUGCAGCGGAAGGUGAGUGUAACAUAGAAGGCCUGCUUCCUAGAUCUAAUUGUUGGGGAGGCAAUGCUGGCAGGGGAUCGUCCUUGUUUUCUGAUGGCAUCUUCUGCUAAGAGCAGGGAACAAAACCUCACCCAUAAUUUGAAGGGUAACUCUGAACAUUUUCAAGGGCCAAGGUGUACCCAGUGGGAUUCUUCACUUCUUGGCAGAUCCCCAUGUCAUAUCACAGACUCCUGAAAGUGCCCUCAGUAUUAUAAUAGUUUUGCCAAGCAAAGCUGUCUUGGAGAUAUGGAUCUGUUGGUACAUUAGAUCCUCCCAUUUUAAAAAUGGCAUUGCUGCGUUAAUAUCCCACCUUUCCUCUUUAAAGACAGUAAGUCAACCACUGAAAGGUUGAAUCAGUGCUGGGGUGGAAUCAGUGGCCAUGGUGCAUGUUGGUGCCAGUGACGUGGGGAAAUAAAUGGAAGGUCCUGGAAACAAAAUCUAAGUUGUUAGGUAGGUUGUAGAAAGCCAGGGCCUUCAAGGUAGAUUCCUCUGAAAUGCUGCUGGUUCCACACAAGAGAUUGCUUUCUGAAACCUUUGUCUACACAAGCAAGCAGGUACAACCAGGCAGAAAUGGCCCAGUUUCUUUUGGGGUGGCAAUAACAGCUUUGUAACACUGCAAAUGAACAACAACAAUGAAAAAGGAGUUAGAUUAAAUCACUAUAAAUUGGUGAUUCAGAGGUUUAAUUUGAAAUCAAGCUGGAUUUGGUAUCUCUGGUAACCUCUCUGUUAAUGUUGGCUGUAUGAUCCGUAUUGUUUUAUUGGUACUGUUGCUGCAGAUUUGUUAUGGCCUUUGGCUAAAACAAUAAACUUACAUUGAUUGGUAUAUGUAAAUGGACAAUUGCCAACAAAGACCAAUAGAAGUCACAUUUGAAUUCAAAAAAAGAAACUUCCCAAAAAUGAGGGGUAUAGUAAAAAGAUGGUGAAAGGGAACCUGGUGGAGAUAGUUGUUCUUCAACAGUAUGCUAUUUUCAUGGUUGAAAAUCUACAUAAUUGAUAUAGAGUAUGGGCACAAAGCAGAAUGGAUGACCAUAAGAAAUUAGACUCUAUCAAGAUGAAUGACGGUGCAGCCCCUGUACUGGUUUUUGACGAAAUUGAAGCUGCCAUCGGUGCAAAUGAGAUGGCGAAAUAACAAAGAAAUGUUUUAGAAAAGGGCAACCAAAAUUAUCAAGGCAGUGGCGCAAUUUGCCUACGGUGAAUAGUUAUGACCUGUGGUGCUUUUCAGUUUUGAGAAAAGGCAGGUGAGGAGGGGGCAUGUGUACGCUGAUGCCUGGUGUGGAGAAAGAGAAUGGAGAAGCUUUUCUGUCUUAUGACAUUAGAACUCAAGAGACAUCCAAUGGAGCUGAUCAUUGGAAUAUUCAGGCUGGACAAAAAAUACAUACUCUGCAUGCCUCUGAAUAUCAGUUUUUGGGAAUCGCAAGUGGGAAGAGAGUGCUUGCCUGCUUCCUAUGGUUAUCUGAUUGGCCGCAGUGAUAGUAGUAGGCUGUUGAACUAUAAUGGGUCUUUGGCUUGAUCCAGGAAGGCUCUUAAAAAGGUAAAGGGACCCCUGACCAUUAGGUCCAGUCGUGACCGACUCUGGGGUUUGUGGCGUUCAUCUCGCUUUACUGGCCGAGGGAGCCGGCGUACAGCUUCCGGGUCAUGUGGCCAGCAUGCCUAAGCCGCUUCUGGCAAACCAGAGCAGUGCACGGAAACACCGUUUACCUUCCCGCUGGAGCAGUACCUAUUUAUCUACUUGCACUUUGACGUGCUUUCGAAGUGCUAGGUUGGCAGGAGCAGGGACCGAGCAACGGGAGCUCACCCCGUCGCGGGGAUUCGAACCGCCGACCUUCUGAUCAGCAAGUCCUAGGCUCUGUGGUUUAACCCACAGCGCCACCCGCGUCCCAGGAAGGCUCUUACUAUGUUAUUAAAGACUGUUGAACUUGAACCUGGAUUCAGUGAUUCAACGGGUAGUUUUGUGCAGAUCACUACAGUUGCCCUCUGUUCCCUAUUUGCAAAAUGGGAGUGAUGGAUGGAUUACCAUGCAGAAUACUUGGGUAUGUUAAGGAAAUGUUCUCCGUUCUGGGAGUUAACAAUCCCUGUUGGCCUGGAAGAUACUAAUCUCUCUCUCCCACCCUCAUCUCUCUCCAAUUGUAGUAUAGCUGUUGUGGAGCCUCCAAUUACACGGAUUGGUUUAACGGAACUACGCCCUCAAAUAUACCUUCAUCCUGCUGCAAACACAAUGACACCGAUUGCCAAAAGAAUCCAACCGUAGAAACAAUCAACCAGGAGGUAUGAAUGGAUGAGUGCUGGGGAAGGAGAGCUUUGUUCCUAGCAUGAGGGUUUUGGCGGAUGCUAUAAAACCUUGUUCCCUCUCUCCCUGCAGGGCUGUGUAACAAAAAUAGAAGCCUGGUUGAGGAAACACAUCAUCAUUGUGGCUGGAGUGGCAUUGGGCAUUGCCUUCUUUGAGGUACCAAGAAUUAUAAUAGAUUAUGGGGAACUGUAGGUGGGUGGCUGGGUGCACAUGCACGCACAUCUGCACCAUGAUGUUGUUACACUGGGGCAAACUACAGUUCUGUCUGUAUUCAGUGCUUUUCUUUUUUAAAAAGAAGUUUUGACAUUAACAUCUGAAUCUUUCAACCCGGAUAAGUGAUCUGGGUUAAAUAUUUCCAUCAUCCUGGAUAUUAGUAUCUUUAGUUAGCAGCAAUGGAAUCUGCAGGACUCUGAAACCCAACUUGUGGCUUCUGGGCAAGCCUGCUUUUGGGACUUCACCCAAGCAUUGCCCACCUAUUUCUCCAGAGUUUUGUUCACAGUCUUAAAAGGUUUAGAAACGGCUCCCCCUGUCAUCCAAACAAAAGGAGAAGAUACUUGAACUUGGCACCAUAGGUCCAUGUAGAACUUGUGAUUCAGUAAUCCAAUGUGCAUCUGAUGUACACAGAGUGUUGCGUUGUAUCCUGUGUCCCAUCUGUACUGCUGACUAGCAGACUAGUGUGUAGUGUUAAGCUGCGAAGUAAUGCUAUUGGGGUUCUGCAGAGCUCUUCCAUGCCACUUUGCUCCAGCUCAGAAUAUUCCCCCAGCUUGUCAAGUCUAUACUGUGGGCGGUAGAAAUGUGUUGGCCCACGUUUGAUUCACUAAUGCAAAUUGCAAGCACUGGAGAGAUACCGGUACUGCUUGCUGUCAUUACAACCGUGGUGGAUUGUGCCCUUCAUUUGGCAGUCUAGUGCAGAGCUCGGGGCAUGGGGAUUGUUACGGGGAAAUGGGCUACCUGAGUAAACAGAAGUAGCUUGUGAGCUAUAUAACUGGUUCCUGUGGCAUGUGCAUACCGAAGGAGGCCAUUGCAGGCUUGAGCUGUUUGGACUGUAGAGGGAUUGCCUUGCUGCCAGUUCCCCUUGCCUGCAAAGUUAUGACUGCCUAAACAAUCACCUGAAGUGGAGACCUAAAGGACUGUAGCUCAGUAGGGGAGUAUCUGCUUUGCAUGCAGAAAGUAAGCAAAUAACGGCUCUGCAUGUAAAAGUUAAGCAAAUUUGGUGGUGCAUUUCAAAGAGCUGAGCAGGAGAAAUUUCCUGCACACACCCACCCUAGGAAAGGAUGGGAGAAGUGGUUGCAUGGCCUCUAUUCCUUGUAGGGCCACUGUGUAGUGAAACAUUCACUUACUUGCAAAUUACACCUUGCAGCUGAUACAAUUUUCUUGUAACUUCUUUCCUCAGCUCCUGGGCAUCAUUUUUGCUUGUUGUCUCAUGAAAGGAAUCCGCAGUGGCUACGAGGUUAUGUAGCCGCAUCUCAUCUUAUCACAUCUGGUUACUGCAGCAGCAAUCACAGAACCCCUGGGAUAUUUCUGUCUCCUUUUUCUGGGGGUACAACUGACCAUUAUAUAUGCCUGUAGAACAGGCGUUGGGUGAAUGUCUCCUCUUCUGUUCCCUUUCUUGAACACAUAUGCCGCCCUCCCAAGGAUUCACAUGUUGCCUUAUCUCUCCCCACCCUCCAAUCCCCUAAUGGGAUGUUUCCCUCAAAGUUCCUAUCUUCUGUGCCUCAUUCAACACUCCAUUCCUACUUCAAAAGUUGCAUUAGCUUUCAUGCUAUACUUCACGAUCUAGUGAGCAUCUUGUGAUACACGACUGCUAUUGUAUUCCAGCAAAUUUUCUUAGUCCCUUUCAUAGGCCUGAGCAAGAACCUUUGAACUUCUGCUUCUCCCAGAUUCAAUCUUCAAGACUUCUGGACCUGCAGCAUUUCCCCCUGACACCUCACCUAAUAAGUAGACUGCUAUAUACUUUAGGAUGCUCCUUUUCCCCCCCUUGGAAAGACUGUCUGUUUAAUCAAGUGAGCAUAGUUGUUUUGGAAACCACAACGGGAUGGAAAAUUGUGGGGAUUUUGUUUUUUUAGCCAGUAAUUCAUUAUUUGGAAAAUAAAGACAUUGUUUCUCCCAUGUG